ACAGGCACCCACUGGCCAACCAGGACUUAGCACUACAUUUUGUUUGACCAUCUCUCUCUUUUUAGUGAAAUCUAGAAACGUGUGGAGGGUAUCUGGCAGCAGUGAGCUAUUGAAUGUUUGGGCCUUAGGGGACAGAGGGAUGAGCCUGGAGAAAGUGUUAUAGUAGAAUGUCCCUAUGCCAGUGGACCUUUCAUUGUGGGAGUAGCCAUCUAAGGAUUUCUGGAUUGGAAUUAAAUUCAGCACCAGGAACAGCUAAGGACAGAAGAACAGUUUCAAAAGUGGAACAUAUGAUGCCUGCCUGGUUUGUCAUUGGAAUACACUGACGGCAAUUACACUGGCAACAAUAAGACGAGUGGGACAAUAGGCUGUUUUAUUUAUCGAUUUGUAUUUGUCUUAAUUGAUCUACCAGGACAUCAGUAUAGGAACAAAAGUGAAAGAGAACAUUGGAAUACAUGGACUUUCAGUACAAUAAUUGCUCUAGCUACCAAAAGAAAGCCAAGGAGACAUUGAUUUUCAACCCAGAUAGGUAUAAUUGAGGAGGAAAUCUCUUUUGCAUAUAGACCUGGUAGACUAGGUACCAGAGAGGCCCAUUUUCCAGGAGGGCUUCCCUCCCUGACCUCCCAGCCUCCCGUUGUCCCCAGCAGCAUGUCCCAGGCUGUGAGGUUGCUUCUAGUCCUCCCCACACCAUUCUACCAUGACCACAUGGGCUGCUGGAGGGAGUACGGCUGUCACUGCCUGGGCCACCUCUGGGUCUUUGUUUAGGUCUGGCUCUGGGUCCAGGUUUAGGUCUGGCUCUGGGUCCAGGUUUAGGUCUGGCUCUGGGUCCAGCUUUAUCUCUAGGUCCUUCUUUUCCAGCCUGUCUCUGUCUCUGCUGCUAGCACUGCUGCUCGCCCUUUCCCUCCCUGUGGUUGUCUGCCAUCAACCUCUCUACAGAGGCAGGCUCCAGCCAACCAGCCCCAGGCUCCAGUUCCCCAGUCUCCAGCCCCACAGCCCCCAGCCCCCCAGCCCCCAGCCCCACAGCCCCCAGCCCCCCAGCCCCCAGCUCCCCAGCCCCAGCAGCCCUUUUAGGGCGCCAGUGAACAGUUCCCUGGCUGCAUCCAGGGUUGGAGAGACUGGGGAAACUGGAGGUCCCUUGGAAGGUAUUAGGGUUCCGCUGGGGAGGCACAUACGCAGCUACAACCACCUGCAGGGAGAUGUGCGGCGGAGGAAGCUCUUCUCCUUCCAGAAGUUCUUCCUGCGGAUCGAUACAAAUGGCAGAGUUAAUGGGACCAAGAGCAGAGAGGACCCCCUCAGUAUUCUGGAGAUCACGUCGGUGGAUGUGGGGGUGGUGGCUAUCAAAGGCCUGGGCAGUAACUAUUACCUGGCUAUCAGCAGGAAGGGUGAGCUGUACGGAGCGAGAGAGUUUGGCAUUGACUGCACACUGAAGGAGCGUAUUGAGGAGAACGGCUAUAACACCUACGCCUCAGCCGAGUGGAGGAACAAGAAGAGACAGAUGUUUGUGGGGCUGAGUGUCCACGGGAGGCCACUGAGAGGGAAGAAAACAAGGAGGAGGAAAAUGUCCACCCACUUCCUCCCCAUCAUGGUGUGAUGAAGAAGAGCAUUUCACUGUACUAAACAUACCCUGUGGGAGAGCUAUUCAGCACUGAACAAUCUUUCAGAUAAAGAUUUUUUUAAAUGUACUCUAAUCUAGACAGAGAGCAUCUGAACUAUACCAUUUAUAAAAGACAUAUUUUCUCUAAGGAAGGUAAUUAACUGUGCAUAUACUCCCUGCUUUUGACUUUCGUUGAGAUGGUUUAUUGGUUUGAGGAUGUGCAGUGCUUUCUGUGGCACAGGGUAAAAUUUGAAUCAUAUUCUGUGCCAAAUCAUUGGAAAGAUGUGGACUGAAGGAGGGUGUGACAUGUGGGAACAAAGUAGGACGCUGUUUCACACACCUCGUGGAUGAAGUGAUGAAGCACUGGCUCUGUGUAUCCAAAAAAACGAUUGAACUGUUGUUCAUGGUCCUCAUUCUCAUUUCAAUGAUCUGAACAUUCUUAAAUGAAGAUGAAGGCCUAACAGAUCGGUAAAUGCAGGAAAAAUGUAUAUAAUUGAGCAAGAUCCUCGUGGUCAUGAGAUCUUGGAACCAUAUCAAAAGUGAAUACAGUGAAAGGAAACACUAAUGUAUGAUAUUUAACCACUGAGUUUUGACUGUGUUGAAGUAAAUUAUUUAUUUUGUGUAAUAUUUAACUGAAGGUGGAAAGAAGGUGAACAUUUCAUUGCAUUCUUUACACCUUAUGUCUGUGAAGUAAAUAACAUACAUUUGCUAUUUCCUCCUCGGGAUCCAAAUGUUCUCAUGUUCAUCAAUAAAGUUUGCAACUUAAACUGGUUGACAAAUCUG